GUUAAAAUAUAACAGUGAAAUACCAACAUUGCAAUAAUUAGUUUUUGCAAGAUGUGACAAAUGUAAGGUGAACCAUCCUCAAGAAACCGAAUGCCUGUGGUUUAUUCUUGUCUUUUGCAAUGGCGGAUAUCCAUACACUUCUCAUGGGGACUGCAACCCGACCGGAGGAGAAAUUUGCCCUACCUCUGCUAGCCUGUGUUGUUGUUAUUGCUGUACCGUUAACAUUAGCUCAGUUAGCUAGCAGCGUAAGCACUGUCAGCUAGUCUGGCUAGCCCACAGCGUUUAGCUACCCUUAACCAAGAGACAAUAUUGGCGCAAGCGACUCGUACAAAGUGCUGAAAUGCUGACAGGCGUCAGGUUGAUUAGUGUACUGUGCUGUUAACCAUCGCGCUAUGAUGGGUUAAGUUGUUGUGUUAGUAAGCCCGGUUACUUUGCAAGUGAAAAGACGAAUGAGGUAACUAUAUUGGACGGGACACAUCGAUAAAUAUAUAGUUGGCUGGGGAUAGCUAAUGCUAACCACCCUGCUGUGUACACCUGGUUGGGGCGAAUGCCUUGAGGGUCAUCUAGUGAGUCAAUGCUUCUGAGUUGCGGUCGAUGGUUCGGGGGUUAACGCCUGAAACUGGAAAAUGGCUCUUCAGUUUGCGCAUACAGCAUUUUUUUGGACGCUGUACUGGUGAUUUUGUAUUUUUUACGUUCUAAAGAGAAAUCAUGUCUAGUAAAACUGCAACCAAGGACAAGAAGUCGAGCUUCGGCAAGAAGCUCUUCAGGCGGGGCUCGGUGCGUUCUGUGGGCAGCUUUAUGAGCAGAGUUCUGAGGACUCUUUCCACACUGUCCCACUUUGUGUCUGAGGUGCCAACAGAAGACGACAAGGAUGAUGGAGGCUUUACUUCAUUCAAAACUGGGAGUAAAGAUCUGCAUGUGGAUGACAGUGACAUCGGCGCAUUCCUAUCCGGAGACAAGGUUCCCGGAGUGUCAGGUCUCAAGAACCAUGGUAACACUUGCUUCAUGAAUGCGGUUCUGCAGUGCUUGAGCAACACCGAACUGUUUGCUGAAUAUCUGGGUUUGGAGCAGUACAAGGACGAUGAGUCGAACGAGGAGAGACCUAUUACAAACGGAGUGCACUUACAGAGGAAAGCCCCAGGGAACAGAGGAGAAGUGACAGAACAACUUUCUGGACUCGUUCGGGCCCUGUGGACGUUUGAAUACACCCCUCAGCACAGCAGGGAAUUCAAAAAUGCUGUGUCCAAAAGUGCAUUACAAUACAGAGGGAAUUCUCAGCAUGAUGCUCAGGAGUUUCUGCUGUGGUUGUUGGACAGAGUUCAUGAAGACCUUAACGCAGUCAAUCCUGACAGUGGACCUGCUAUCAGGCCGCCGAUUGAAGAAGACGAGGAAAGCGUGGAAGGCCCCUCACCCCCCCUGUCUGCAGGGUCCUUUGUGCAAGAGCUCUUCCAGGCUCAGUACAGGUCCUCCCUUACCUGCCCCCAUUGCCAGAAGCAAAGCAACACAUUCGACCCGUUCCUCUGUAUCUCCCUACCCAUCCCUCUACCACACACCAGACCGCUGUAUGUGACGGUGGUCUACCAGGGGAAGUACUCCCACUGCAUGCGGAUUGGCGUGGCCGUCCCCCUCGACAGCACCGUGUACCGGCUCCGGGACGCAGUGUCACGGGAGACCAAGAUCCCCAUGGACCAGUUCGUCUUGACAGAAAUGUACUACGACGGCUUUCACCGCUCCUUCUGCGACGACGAUGACGACCUCGACAUCAUUCAAGAGAGCGACUCCAUCUUUGCUUUUGAGACACCCGAGACCUUCAGGCUGGAGAACAUUCGCACUAAGAGAGGGAGUCUACUGGCCAAUCUGAACCAGAACAACCUGAAGUACGGCGCGGAGAUGGGCAGGACCCCGUCGUUCAUGCAGGGCGCCAUGACCCCUCUGGGUGCGUCGCCCAAUAAGAACCUGGGCCCGGAGAAGGUCAUCCUCCUGGUGUGCAACAGGGCCUGCAGCGGGCACCAAGGGAGAAGGUUUGGUCUCCCAUUUGUUUUGUACAUGGAGCGCACGGUGACCUGGGACACAUUGCAGAAGGAGAUUCUGGAGAAGAUGCGUCAUCUGUUAAGACCCGGGGUGUACAUCCAGGUGGGGCCGUUCAGUCUGCGAGUGGUGGGCGUGGUCGGAAUCACCUACCUCCUUCCCCAAGACGACCAGCCACUGUGCCAUCCCACCGUUGAAAGAGCGUACAAGUCCUGUGGACAAGGGGGUCCGCCACAUGUCAAGAUCGUGGUCGAGUGGGACAAAGAAACCAAGGAUUAUCUGUUUGGCCACACGGGGGAGGAGUACAUUCCCGACGCAGAGAGCGUCUACCUGCACAGGGAGCAGCACCAUCAGCCCCAGGCCUGCACACUGGCCCAGUGCUUCCAGCUCUACACCCAGGAGGAGCAGCUGGCCCCAGACGACGCCUGGCGCUGCCCCCACUGCAAGCAGCUGCAGCAAGGCCGCAUCAAGCUCAGCCUGUGGACCCUGCCGGACGUGCUCAUACUGCACCUGAAGAGGUUCCGCCAGGAGGGCGACCGCAGGGUGAAAAUGCAGAACAUGGUGAGGUUCCCCCUGCUGGGCAUGGACAUGGCGCCCCAUGUGGUCAAGAGAAGCCAGAGCAGCUGGAGCCUGCCGUCCCACUGGUCGCCGUGGAGACGGCCCUACGGCCUGGGACGCAACCCCGACGACUACCUGUACGACCUCUACGCCGUGUGCAAUCAUCACGGCAACAUGCACGGCGGCCACUACACAGCUCACUGUAAGAACUCCAUCGACGGCCAGUGGUACUGCUUCGACGACAGCGAGGUCCAGCCAAUGGCGGACGACGACGUGUGUCACCAGUCGGCCUACAUCCUGUUCUACCAGCGGAGGACCACCAUCCCCUCCUGGUCGGCCAACAGCUCCGUCGCAGGUUCCACCAGCUCGUCCCUGUGUGACCACUGGGUUAACAGGCUGCCAGGCAGCCGGCCCGCAAGCCUGGCCUCCGGUGCCUCUUCCAGACGCACCUCCAUGGCCUCGCUGGCCGAGUCUGUGGAGUUCUCCGCCGAGCGCUGCGACGACGACGGGGGGUUCUCCACCCGACCGUUCGUGAGGAGCAUCCAGCGACAGAGCCUGUCGUCGCGGUCCUCCGUCACCAGCCCGCUGGCCUUCGGCGAGGCGGGAAUGAAGCCCUCCUGGUCCCUGUCGGCCAAGCUCCAGAUGAGGUCCAACUCCCCGUCCCGCUUCUCCCUGGACUCGCGCUGCUCUCCGCCCCUGGAGCGGAUCGGGGAGGCCGGCGACGACAAGGUGUCCACUUCCUGUUUCGGCAGCUACAGCAGGCACGAGCGCUACUUUGGCAGUCGGGCGCCGCUGGCCGUGAUGGAGAGCAACGCCGGCGACCAGGAGAGCAACAACCGCUUCCUGGAUAUGGUCUACACCAAGGCUCCGCCCCCCCUGGAUAAGAAAGGCACAAAGGGGGACACCACCGAAAACAACAACCAGAUCACGGCUCAAGACCAGAACGCCCUGACGCCCCAGACAGCCCCGGUGAAGGAGCCCAAGCGCAAGAGCAGUAUUAUCGGGUUCGGCUCGCGGGCGGAGAGCACCACGUCCACCAAGGCUUCCAACAAGGCGGAGCAAGAGAAGAACUCCAAAAAGCGUCUCUGUUCCCCUCCGACCCAAAAAGCCCCGACGUCUUCCGGCACUCCGGUCAAGGGCUCAAAGGUCAUCAACAACAACAACUCCAUCACCAGGGAAACCAAGAGUGUCAGUGCCAAGAAAGUCACCCUCACCCCCAGCGGCACUCCUUCCAAGAAGAAGGAGCCGUCCCACCCGCCGCCGGCUCUAGAAGGGACCCCGCUGCGGAAGCAGUGCCUGGGCUGCUCCACGCCGCAGUCGUCGGCGUCCCCGUCGCCCACCGCCAAGAAGACCUUCUCGGGCUUGGAGAGGACCUUCUCGGGCCUGGAGAGGAGCGCGGCGGGCGGCAGGAAAAGACUGAUAGAGCGGAGCUUCAGCCGGGACUCGGUGCACACCAGCCCGCUGGCCGACCCCGCCCGCGGCGGAUCCGUAGCCCGCUCCGCCCUGGCGAAGAGCGGCGGCCUGGAGGUCAGAGUGGAGCGCAAGUCGUUCCGGUGCUCCAGCAGCAGCUCGUCCAUCACCAGCCUGCGCUCGCCCAGCGUGUCGUCCCGGGACCUGCGGCGCGGCAGCAAGUCGGAGGACAAGGGCCUGUCCUUCCUGAAGAGCGCCCUGCGCCAGAGGGAGAGCCGCCGGUCGGCCGACCUGGGCAAGAGCAACCUGGUGGCCAAGAAGGAGGCGGAGCGGGCCGGCGGGCGGCCGUCGGAGCCCGCCAAAGACGGCGGCAGCGCCGCCAGCAGCGGGGAGAGGCUGGACAGCAGCAACUCCUCCAGAGAGACCAGCGAACGCGAGGCCAAGCCCCGCGGGAAGGAGGCGUCCAGGCCCACCAGCGCUUUCGGGAGGACCCUGUUGAGCGUGGGGAAGUCCCGGUCUUCCCUUACUGAAACGAGCCCGAAGCUUCCGUCGAACGCUAAAAGACCUGUGGAGAAGGUAGCGUCUUCCAAGAGGCUGUCGUCCAGCGUGCAGUCUCCGGCGCGGACGAGGCCCAAGUAGUCUGUGAGUCGUAGCUGUUAUUUUGGGGGGAAUGCAGGUUUUACUUUGUGCCUACGUUGCAGGGAGCGCCGGCUGUAUUUGGAGAGGAUCACUUCUUUUGAUGCAGUGUUUUGUACGCGGGCAUUACAGUCAUCGAAUGGCUCAGAUCUGAGUCUCAGCGGCCAUAAAAAAAUUAUCCAUAUUGGAUGCAAAGGAAUGAUAGACAUAUAAUACUAUACUUCCAGAAAUUACCCCUCAUAUUUUAGGGUCACAUUUGACUAUUGUCAAUUUAAUUUGGCCUUUUUAGUGUUUUGUAAAAAUACUAAUCAAAAAAGUUGGGAAUUUAAGGCGGGGGGCAUUUUUAAGUUGAGCUUAUUUUGAUGUUGCUUGGACAACAUUUUGGUCUUGGACGACAUGCAUGUUCGCCGUGCCUCCGUUUUGAGGAUACGCAUAUUGUUUGUAGUUCAGUUACAAGCAAGCUAAGUUAAUACUAGAAUACUGCAAAAUGUCUUACUGGAUCCAUCUAUGCAAACUCUAAAUCAAGUAAAACAAAAAAUACACUUUCUAACCUUUUAUGCUUAAUGCCCUGCCACAGGUAAAAAAAAACAUCCGUAGUGGUUUAAUUGGCGACUGUGGCAUGUAAGGGACAUUGCACUUGUGCGAUGUCUCUUUAAUACUUGUGUAGCCAAAACUAAAACUGUUGCAUUUUGCCUGACCGAUACGAUUAUAAGAUUAUCUCUGACAUGGCCCGCUGUUAUCUUUUCAAAGUCAAAUGCCCUUUGCUGUACAAACAAAACAUCAAAAAAGGUCUCUGCGCAAAUAUGGGAGCUCAGUUGAUUUGUAGAUAAGAUAGACAAACGUAUGAAAGAGUUGCAUUCAAAACGUGGGUCGAUUUAGCAUUUCUCAAAAGUUUAGUUUUUUACCAUGGGUGUCAAUCCGCUCAGACAGUUUUUGGAACAUCACUUCUGACUAGAUCACUUGUUUAUUAAUGGUGUCUUCCUCUCUUAAUAAUUUACGACAUAUUGACAAAUAGUUAUUUUGACACACUUUAAAUGAAAUGUUAUUUUUUAAUGAUCAAGCUCUGUUUUUACUUUGGAUUUCAACUUUUGAACCGAAAAGUUCGCUCUCUGAAGGCAAUAUAUCAUAAAUUAUAUAUCUAUAUAUAUCUAUUAGAAGAAUGACCGUUAAAGCGCCUUUCGAAGCAGUCAUGGAUCCCAUAUUAAGCUACUACUCUCUUGAGAAUUAAUGUUCCAUCAUAGCUAUUUGUAUACAAGCAGUUUCCUUUCCCUUCUGUUACGGUGCAUUACGCGAACCUAAGAACUGAAUACUAUUUUUUACCCUGUAAAUCAUUUUAGAGUUGAUCUCAGCGGUGUGACAGCCAUUGGGUUUGGAGUGGAUGUAUGAGUACCUUUCUAAGAUCAUUCGAUCUCGGGGGAAACUAUUAAGAAAUCAUUUACUCCUACAAGGUGCUGAAAAC